CUCAAAGGCAAAAUAUCUGACGAACACGACAGUUUAGUUUAAAGCUAGCACAACAGAAAUCUUAUCUGUUGUGUUCUGCGCUUCACUUCUUCAACCUUGCUUGCUACUCAUAACAUACACAUCGAAAUUUGACAACAACAGAAAAAAAAAAAUGCAUUCCCUAACAUGCACACCACUUUCUUCUUCUCUUAAGCCAAACCACAACCCUCUACUUGCUGCAGUUGCAACUUCCAGGCCAUAUUCCCUACCCUUCAAAACAACAACCUGCUUUACCACCAGAGCCACACUCUCAUCCACCAGAGAAUCUGUCUUGAACCACUUCCACCAACGAACGGCUCUCAAGAUUAUCUCAGGCUUGCAGAAUUUCAAUAAAGACAAUGUUGCCUCCGUUGUCACUGCUGCGGACAAGGGUGGUGCAACUCACGUGGAUAUAGCAUGUGACCCAGAGUUGGUAAAGCUAGCUAUUGGCUUAACUUCUUGUCCGGUUUGUGUUUCCUCUGUUGAUCCUGCAACAUUUCCAGCUGCAGUUGAAGCAGGAGCACUAAUGGUUGAGAUUGGAAACUAUGAUUCAUUCUAUGAGAAGGGAAUGAUUUUCACUCCAGAAAAGAUUCUAGGUCUAACGAAGGAGACGAGGAGGAUACUUCCGUCUGUAGUCCUUUCUGUCACUGUUCCUCACACACUAAGCCUCCCUGAUCAGGUCAAGCUUGCAGAGUCCCUGGAACAAGAAGGUGUAGACAUUAUUCAAACUGAAGGAGGAAAAUGUUCUAAUCCUACACAAUCUGGUGUUAUGGGUUUGAUAGAGAAGGCAACACCAACUUUAGCAGCAGCAUACUCUAUAUCACGAGCUGUUAAGAUCCCUGUCAUGUGUUCAUCGGGGCUAAGUGCUGUCACAGCACCUAUGGCUAUAACAGCUGGGGCUGCUGGUGUGGGUGUGGGAUCUGCAGUUAAUAGACUUAAUGAUGUGGUUGCUAUGAUUGCUGAGGUCAGAAGCAUUGCUAAUUCAUUGCAGACACCAUUUCAGAUAUCCACUACACACGAAGUGGAAACUCAAAGACAGUAGUUCAAUAAAUGGGCCUAUGUUGUAAGAAACGGCUGAAGGAAGUGUAGGUAGUGAAUAAAACGUGCAAAGAAAAUUUGGACCCUACCUUAAUAGUAAGAACUGAUAGGUUCCAUAUUUCUUUGUCCUUUAUAUUUCGGACUUUGUUAUUUGAUUCAAUUUUUUGUGUUCCUGGAUGUUGAUCCCGCUGUGUCAAAGAAUUAAGAGAAACAGUUAAGUAUUUGGAAUUUUGGCUUCAUUAAUGGGUGGAGUUGGCCAGUUGAGUGGAAUUAUGUAUGUAUUGUUGGUUGUUCUUUCG